GCACAUGAAUGAGGGUAUUCCCGCAGUUUGUCCGUAUUGUGGAAGUUCUUCAGCUCGUUCUGAAGCGGAAGUUAUCCACGAUUCUGCAUAUAAAACGACUGGAUAGUGCCACGGCCUCUCGCUAGCAAUUCUGCUGCGAAAUUAAGACGACAUGAAGCACAUCGCAACCAUCCUUGCAUUGCUCUCCAUCGCGAUCGCCCCCAAAGGGGCUUUCAGCCAGCUUCCUCGCUUGGGCGGUGUGAACACUGCUGGAUAUGACUUUACAGUGUACACCAAUGGUAGCUUCACAAACAGUGCGGCGAUGCCUCCUGCGUGGCAGUAUGCCCACUUCUCUGCGGAGGGCGCAAACCUAUAUCGCGUUCCCUUCGCGUGGCAGGAGAUGACCCCGGUCCUGGGUGGUCCCAUCAAUAUGACCUUCUUCAACGAAGAGUACGAUGUGACCGUGCAAGCCGCACUGGCUUCGAGCCCUAACGCGCAUGCCAUCGUCGAUCUUCAUAACUACGCACGUUGGAACGGCGGUAUCAUUGCCCAGGGUGGUCCCACCAACGAGCAAUACGCUUCGAUCUGGACGCAGCUCGCAGCACUCUAUGGCAACAACGAUAGGCUUCUUUUAGGUAUCAUGAACGAGCCGCACGAUCUCGACAUCCCUACAUGGGCCGAGUCGGUGCAAUACGUCGUGAACGCCAUCCGUUCGACGGGAGCGACGAACUACCUCCUGCUUCCAGGCUCUAACUAUACUUCGGCGCAGACGUUCCCCACAGGCGCGGGCCCGUACUUGCUCGACGUGACCGACCCCCUCUUCGGUAACACCGAACGGCUCAUCUUCGAUGUGCACAAGUAUCUCGACUACGACAACAGCGGCACGCACGCUGAGUGUGUCACGAACAACACCGUCGUUCUGGAGACGCUUGUGAGCUGGAUGCAAGCCAACGGCAACCGACAAGCUGUUCUCAGCGAGACCGGCGGCGGCGACACCGCAAGCUGUGAAGAGUAUCUCGGACAAGAACUGGCGUAUGUGAAGUCGGCUUACCCAAGCCUCGUCGGAUUCUCCGUCUGGGCUGCAGGUUCCUUCGCGACUGACUACAUCCUUUCGAUGACGCCAUAUCCCAACGGUACUGACCAGCCGUUGUGGAUCGAUGCAGUGAGACCGAAUCUUCCGUGAGGGCGUCCACAGACGCGUGCUUGUCCGCAGAUGCUGUGUAAAUGUUCCCAGGGUGCCGCGUGUAUGUUGCAGUGAAUGCACAGGAAUAACCGCCUGUUGUAACCUAUUACGUGUCCGAUUAUGCAUAGCAUACACAAGAAUACUCGUUUCAUUCUGAGAGCUGCUCGGCCGCAUACUAGCGCCGUCGGCCAGG